UCGAGCCGAGCGCACGCACAGCUGCAUCGGGCACGACAGCGUUUGUGUAUAUACAUAGAGCUGUGCCGAAGAGAAGAGGAAAGGGUCGCGGCUCUCUUCUCUAUCGCGGUUUUUCAUAGAGCGUCGUCGUCGUCGUCGUCAUCUUAUUCAUCCAAUCCGAGGCGUAACAAUCGCUACGGGGCCCAGGCGGGCUUGGAAUCCUGGAUAUUGGAGCACCAUCGAGACAACUCGCGGCUCACGACGAAGGAGGUCAGGACAGCGAGUAUGUCUUCAGUCACGGUAGACCAUCCAAUAAAAGUGGGAGUGGGAAUGACCAACAAAAAGGAAAACGCGAGGAAGGUGCCUAAUGUACCACACAAAAAGCACAACAAGCACGAGGAAAAUAGGCACUUCAAGUUUAACGGUCGCAAGCGAUUACAGAGUUUUACCAACAAUGGUAAAUUCUGUCCACCCAAAAAGCGCUGGAAGAAAGACGGCAUUAUUCCACCCACAAAGUUUCUGUUGGGUGGUAAUAUUUGUGAUCCACUAAAUUUGAAUAGCAUGCAAGACGAAGAGGUGAACAGGGCUUUAAAUGCUGUUACGCCAAAAUCAAGUCCCCUACCCACUCCAAAGCAUAGAAAAGAAGCAAUAGAAGUAAUUAUUCCUCCAAACAUAUAUGAUCCAUUGAAUCUCACAAAUUGCAAUGAUGAUGCAGAAUAUGAGAAGCAGCUUUUGUCUCCGAUCAAGAAGAAUAAUAAGAAAAAGCACAAAAAUAGGAAGAAGAAAAAAUCAUUAAACAACGAUGGAGUUGAUAAAAAUGCUUCAGUAGAAAUGAAAGACAAUGAACCACAAGCAAUAGAUGGUGCAAGCUCAGUUGCAGAAAUAGUUGUAGAAGAAGCUUGCACAGAGCAGCCACUUUCAGUUAAAUCUCCCAUUAAAGAGCAACAGUUAGUACAGGAGCAACAACAGUCAAAUGCAGAUACUCAACCUCAGCUUCCACCUCAAAAAGAAAAAAUUAAACCGAAGCUCAAGUGUUUGGACGAGCCGAAAGAUAAGAGACUAAGAAAGUUGGAUUCCAAAGACAAAAUUGUAAGUCCUGUGAUCCCACAACCUGGAGCAUGGAAAUCCAGACUUCAGCACAGGCCUAAUCAAGACAAGAAAAAGAAGAAAGUAAAUGAGCCAAUGCCAAGGUUUGAUGACAAAAACACAAGGUUUCAAUACGGCAACUACAAUCGCUAUUAUGGCUACAGAAAUCCUCACCACGAGGUAGAUCCGCGCUUGACUAUAUUUGGUCAAAGAAAAGAACUUUUUGAAGGUAAAAAUGUUUUAGAUAUUGGUUGUAAUAUAGGUCACAUCACACUGUCAGUGGCUCGUGACUUGGCGGCUCAAAGCGUGACUGGCAUCGAUAUCGACAAGAAGUUAAUAAAGAUCGCAAGAAAGAACGUCAAGCAUUACAUAAAUUGUUAUCAGUCGCAGUCACCAGCAGUCGCUGAAGAUGGAACCGUAAAGGAGGCUGACCCUAAUGUUUUUCCGAUAUCAAUGGUCAUAAAUUAUGGACCCAUUGAUAUACCUGGCUUUACAAAACAUGAGUAUAAGGGCUUUCCGUAUAAUGUCACAUUUGUCCAGGGAAAUUACGUAUUAGAAGACGAUGCCCUUCUGACUUCCGAGCAGCCUCAGUUUGAUACUAUUCUCUGCUUAUCAACUACAAAGUGGAUUCAACUGAAUUUUGGCGAUGCUGGACUGCAACAAAGCUUCAAAAGAAUGUAUGCACAACUUAAGCCUGGCGGUGUCUUAAUCUUAGAACCACAAAAUUGGUCUGGAUACAAGAAGAAAAAAAAAUUAACCGAAAAAAUAUUCAGAAACUACCAAAACAUUGAAUUCUACCCGCCCAAGUUUUCGUCCUACCUAUUGACAGAAGUAGGCUUCCGUUCGUAUGAGACGAUUACAGUACCAGUUCACGUAUCCAAAGGUUUUCAGAGGUCAAUUCUGAUAUUUAGGAAGGCCAACGUUGAGAGUCCACCGGUAACGGCAACGACGUUGCCCAGUGAUGAGCCAAAGACUUUAGAAGAGGCUCGUGAGAGGCGCAGACAGAAUUCCGAACAACGGGACUACGAGCUCAUGAACUACGACAGAGAUCUCUUUCCUACCGAGUCCAGAGAUAUAGGCAGCAUGUCAGAAACGAGCCAACGAAGUGCAGAGUCCUUUUCGCAGUACGAGCACUUGGCUAACAUUUACGCACCUAGUGGGACGCCAUGUUAUGACCAUACACCAGUGCACACAAAUGACAACAGUAACCUUCCCGAAAAGAUGUGCUACCUCGACGUGAAGAUGGACCACGACGAAGAUACCAAAACGUCUGAAGAGAACCAAUUGCAACCCAUCCCUGAAGAUCCUGAAACGACCGAGGAUAGUCAGAUAAACAGUCAGCCUUUGGUGGUUACUGUUAGUGAUGCAAACACAACACCUAAAAUGGACAUUGAUUCGAGGCAGACUUCGCCAAAAGAUUGCGUGCCGAUCGACAAUCGGCAACUAAAUAUGGAGAAAAACACCAUAUUUCAGGAUGAUGAACAGCAGAGGCCAGAGGUAAAAGUUGACGUCCAGCAACAGAAGAUCGUCUUGGAAGAGAGCAACAGCGGCCAGCAGACGCAAAAUCAGGUGGACAACACUUGAAUGCAAACCAAUACAUACACAUACAUACUUACAUAUAAUGGAACCAAAUAUGAGCAUGAUUCUUCCAACAACUGUGCAUGCAAAUAAAAAAUAACUUUUUCUUAUUCCUUGAUCGAAAAAUGAAUGAAAUUUCUCACUUGUAUAAAACAAACGAUAGAAUUAGAGCGUGGUAAUUUAAUAAAGAUCGUUAGCUUAAGCCCACUUUGAUAGUAAUUUUAGAUUCACGCGGCGAUGUGCGCGUCAAUCCGGGAGGUCUCGGUCUCGGAAAUGACCGUUGUACCUCCAGGCGAGCUUUCUCUUGUCCUUUAUUUUAUUUUUAUUUUUUUUGCAUAUCUAAAGCUGUCAGAGGAAAAAAAAAGUAUCUUGAUUACUGUUGUGUAUAAAAAGGAAAUGAAAAUUAAUUUUACAACGAAACAAGGAGUAAUUCGAUUUAGGAAAUGGGCUUUUUUUACUACAUUUUUGUUAUUAACAUUAAACUUGAUCGUAUCCAUGGUAUGUUCUUUAUUUGCAAGAAUUAAAACAUUCCUUGUGAACAAAGUCUGGCUGACAGCUACUUACUCUCUAAUCCUUAUCUCUUGAUAUUAUUUUUCUUAUCAUAAUUUUAUGAGGUGCAUCAUUGAGGUGCAUCGUUGAGUUUCGUAUGUAUGUGUGAGAAAACUUAUGCGUCAAUGUGACGGUGUUUUUUUUCUUUUCCUACGAGAUACUUGUGUUGACCUGCAACAGCUUAUUACACUUCUACAACUGAAGAAUAUGUGCAUUGGGAAAAGAACAGGAAUGAGUUUUCUUUUAUAUGUAUUAUAUGUUUCACAAUGUAUUACAUACUUUUAAGUAUUGUUUUAAUUAAUUUGAUUAUUUUAUUCAAGCAAUACGUAAUACAUAAAAUUUAAUAAACUGUAACGACAAUCUCGAUGAAAAUAAUAUGUAAUACAUAAAAAAAAUGAAGAUGCAAUCAACGUAUAUUUUUCCAAACUCAUUCCUGUUCUUUAUCAUUUUAAAAAUAUGAGUGAUGAAGAGCGCGAGCGAAAUUGUUGUACUGCUGGUAGUCUAUUUCGACUAGCGAGAGUCUUAUCCUAAUUUUUUUUUUUUUUUUUCCAAGGCUAGUAUUAAUAUGCUUACAUCCUAAUAAAGCAAGGCGCCAGCACCUUGCGUUUCAAAUAUGAUAUUUUGUUUUAUUUUUUUUUUUUUCAAUUAUUUCUCAAGAGGCAAAGUCACCCUAAUGUCUUUUGAAAAAGACCUUUUUUUUAUUGCGGUAUUAUAAAAAGGGGUAUGUAUACACGUGCACAAUUGGUAUAGUACUAAUAAUCCUAAGUCCCGUACUUCUCGUCAGGCAUGUUUCAAGCAGUUGUAUAUUAACUACUUCGUUGUAAAUAUAUUCACAAUAGUUGCAACAAUUCGUAAUACUACCUUACUGGUGUUUAAUUCUUAUUUAUAUAUGUAUAAUUACAAAAUAGAAUGAAUAACAUCAUACGUGAUAUUAUAUAACACAGACAUAUAAUGAUAUAUCAGCUUUAUUUCUUUUUUUCGGUAAUUGCAUCGAAUUUAUUGAUAUUAUUUAUAGUAUGCGUGAAAAAUAACGAUCAAGUUCUUUUUGUUUUUUGUUAAUUAUAAACCUAUCACGAAACAAUAACGGAGUCGAUUUAUAUCAUUACCACUUAUUACUGUUAUUUCAUUUUAUUCGUAUUAUAUUGCUUUUUAUUUAAUUUUUGUUGAGAAACCUAAAAUAGUACUCAAAUUGGGGCACUCUUUUUACAAUAACAUUUAAAUCCCAGUAAACAAAUUUCUUAAAUAUUUGAAGUUGUUAAAAAAAUUGUCAAAAUCCAAUGAACAUUAUUUUUAAGAUGUAAUUAAUUUAUUUUAAUUUAAUUAUUGUAUGAGUUGAGCUUGUGAGUUUUAACUUCUAAACUUGUGAUUUUCAGAAAAUUUUAAGUUGAUUAUUUAUGUAUAUAUAUACCAGUUGAUUAAUAAAUUUUAUGCAGUUUA